CAAACUCCCAAACUUCCUAUCCAGAAAGAGGAGAGAGAAGCCGUUGCAAUGGAGGUAAUAACCAGCCGAUCUCUCGCCUCCCCUGCUCUAUUUCUCCUGGUUCUCUGCUUCUCCGCCGAAACGCUGGCCUCUGCCCACUCCUCCGCCCCGGUCGACUUCAUCCGCGCGUCGUGCGGCGCCACCCUGUACCCGGCCCUCUGCGUGGAGUGCCUCAAAUCCUACGCCUCGGUAGUCCGCCGGAGCCCCCGCCAGCUCGCCCGGACCGCCCUCGCCGUCACCGCCGACCGUGCCCAGUCCGCCUCCACCUUCGUGUCCCGGCUCACCCCCGGCUCCAAGUCGGCCCGGUCCAGGGAGGCCGGCGCGGUCCAGGACUGCCUCGAGACCAUGUCGGAUAGCGUGGACGGGCUCCGCCGGUCGGUCCGGGAGAUGCGCCGCAUGGGCCGGGCCGGGAGCGACCGUUUCAUGUGGCACCUCGACAACGUCCAGACCUGGGUCAGCGCGGCUCUCACGGACCAGUCCACCUGUCUCGACAGCCUCGCCCAGAACGCCAGCGGCCGCCUCCGGGCCGCCAUCCGGAAGAAGGUGGUCGUGGUCUCCCAUCUCACCAGCAACGCCCUGGCCCUCGUGAACCGGCUCGACCCGAGGAACUAAACCGGUUCGGGUCCAUCCUUGGUUUGGCUACUACUAGUUGCUUUCCAGUUCUAUAUGUGCAAGAAUAAUUUUGUGAAGGGUGUGAAGCUAUGGAUGUGUGAGAUGUGAAAACCGAGAGUGAGAAAGAAAUGUAAGGUUGUACAGUUUUAGAUUAUUAACUGAAGUUUUGAUCUGAUGACGUGUGUGCUUAGUUUUGGUUAGGUAGAGUGAUGGAGUUACGUGAAUGGUUGGUACAGUAAUUGAAUGAUGAGCUAGCCCAUGCUGUGAAGCACCAAAUUUGAGGCUACGUACUGUGUAUGGAGCUGGAUCUUUCUUAUGAUCGGACGAAGGGGAUCGGAGAUCCUUUUACAAGGAGGCUAUUUGGAGAGGUUUGGUGCAUCAUGGGUACCAUUUGUUUUCUUUAGUCCGAGGUUUGGUGGAUCACGCCUACCAUUGGUUUCUUUAGUGUUGAUGCUGACAUCGGAUGGGGCCAUUGGGGGGACAAUAGCAGGCUAAAUGUGUGUGCUCAUUAUGGUCGGAAUGGGCAUAUUGCAAGAACUUUUCCCGUCUACUUUAAAGGACUAUUUAAGAUGAUCAUGAUGUGCAAGGACCUCUCGAUCGAUAAAUGCAAUUCAUGUCCCUGGAAAACGCACCCAGUUAUAUCUCACUCAGUUAAUAACUUAAUAUCUACUCCAUCUGAAAGACUUGCCCCAUGUUAGAUUUUAUCUCAACGGAAAAUGGUUAGAUCUAAUUAGCUACCUUACCUCGACGCUUGUUUCAUAUGAAAAGUAUGUUACAUGCAACGAAGAUGGUACCAUCAUAUUGUUACCCUUUGAAUGAAAUCAAUGCCAUAUAUUUGGAUGU